AUGGAUAAUGAGGGAGUGUCACUACCGUUGUUCCACUACCAUCUUAUGAUGCCUUGGAAUGAUCUGCGGAGAGGUGAUUGCUGUCGAAGCUUGGAAAGUAUCAGUGAUGGCUACUAUUGCAAAACCUGUGAUUUCUUCGUCCACAAAAACUGUGGCGACGAGUCCUCCAAAUAUAUCGAGCAUCCAUCUCACCCCAAUCACACUCUUGAGCUUGGAAGUUAUACAUACAAUAAAUUCUGCACUUUAUGUGGAAUAUACAUCGUCAGUCAAAUAUUUUAUCACUGCGAUAUAUGUGACUUCAGCAUGGAUCUAAACUGUGCCAAGUACCCACCACCAGAGGUUAUCGACAUUUCCGAGACGCAUCACCACAAGCUAACCCUUCUCGAGGAGCGGAUCGAUUUCGACUGUGAUGCUAAAUGUGGGAAAAUUACUUAUGGUUUUCCAUACAAAUGUCAUGAAUGUGAUGUAGCCUUCCAUGUGGAUUGCGUAUGGCCACUGCUAGAAGUACAUCAUCACCCUUUAGAGGUAAACCACUCUUACCACCCCUGGCACCCUCUUAAGCUCUACACAGGUCAACCACCCGACUAUUCUGAUGGAACAUGUCGUCUUUGCGCAAGAAAAAUUGAUGAUAGAUUAUUUUAUCAUUGUUCUUCUUGCAACUUUACCUUGGAUAUGCGCUGCGUUCUACAUCCACCACAGCAAUCGCUUAUGGAUUUGAAAGCUCAUGAUCACCAACUCACCCUUCUUCCAAGACUCCGUUCUUUUACAUGUAACGCUUGCGGGUUGAGUGGUGAUAGAAGCCCUUACAUAUGUGUUCAAUGUGACUUCAUGAUCCAUCAAGAAUGUCUUGACCUUCCACGCGUCAUCAACAUUAAUCGGCAUGAUCACCGUGUUUCUCGAACUUCUGUUCUUGGUGUCGUCAAUUCUGCAUGUGGAGUUUGUCGCCAGAAGGGAGUGUUAAUGCCGUUGGUCCAUGAACAUCUCAUGAUGCCUUGGAAUGAUGUAAGGAAAGGUGAUUGCUGUGGAUUCUUGGAAGCUAUCAGUGAUGGCUACUAUUGCAAAGGCUGCGACUUUUUCAUCCACAAGAAAUGUAUCGAUGAGCCCUCUGAAUAUAUCAAACACCCAUCUCACCCGGAUCACACUCUUCAGCUUCUAAGUGAAGGACGUAGAUACUGUGAUUUAUGUGGAAGGAAUAUAAGUGAGGGUGACUUAUUCUAUCAUUGUGGUAUUUGUGACUUCUACCUGGAUCUAUACUGCGCCAAGUACCCACCACCAGAGGUCAUUGACGUUUCCAACAAACAUCACCACAAGCUCACCCUUCACAAGGUUCAGACCAAGUUCAACUGUGAUGCUAAGUGUGGGAAGAUUACUGAAUCAGCUGAGUUUCCUUACGUAUGUCUGAAAUGUGAAUUAGCUUUCCAUGUGGACUGCGUAUGGCGCCCAUCGGAGCCGGAAUACCCGUCUGAGGUAAACCAUUCCUACCACCCUUUACACCCUCUUAAGAGCCUCACAGGUCAGUUACCUGACUAUUCUGAUGGAAAAUGUCGUCUUUGCACAAGAAAGAUUGAUGAAAGAUUCAGAUUGUUUUAUCAUUGCUCUCCUUGCAACUUCACCUUGGAUAUCCGUUGUGUUUUGAACCAGCCACAAAAAUCUCUUCUGAAAUUGAAAGCUCAUGAUCACCAACUCACCCUUCUCCCAAGACUCCUUAAAUUUACAUGUAAUGCUUGUGGGCUUAAAGGAGAUCGAAGCCCUUACAUUUGUGUUCAAUGUGAUUUCAUGAUUCAUCAAGGCUGUCUUGACUUACCACGCCUCAUAAACAUUAAUCGACACGAUCACCGUGUCUCUCGGGUUUCACUUCUUGGUGUUGUGAAUUCUGUAUGUAGAGUUUGUCGGAAUAAGGUGGAUUGGACCUGUGGAGGGUUUUCUUGUCAAAGGUGUCCCGACUAUGUUGUUCAUUCGAAAUGUGCUACUAGAAAAGAUGUGUGGAAUGGCAAAGAACUCCAAGGAGUUCCUGAAGAAACAGAGGAUACAGAGCCUUAUGUGGUUAUAGAUGACAACACAAUACAACAUUUCAGCCACAAGCAUCACCUAAGACUCCACGACAAUGGUGUUCUUUGUGACGACAACAAACGGUGCAGCGCAUGCACUCAUCCAGUUUGUCUCCAACCCUUCUAUGGCUGUAUGGAUUGUGACUUCAUUCUCCACCAAAACUGCGCUGGAUUUCCUAGAGUAAAAUGGCAUGUGUUACACAAUGAGCGUCUUACUUUAGUUACAGACAAAGCUGAUUUAUUCGGGUGUGCUGCUUGUGGUAGGUUUUCCAAUGGUUUCAGAUACCAGCAUGGGGAUAAGACAUUCGAUGUUCGGUGCGGUUCCAUUUCUGAGCCAUUUUCCCAUCCAAGUUUUCAUGAUCAUCCCUUAUAUUACAUUUCACAAGUUGGAGGGAUUAAGAGGUGCAAUGGCUGCAAUGAGAAGGGUAAUGAUGUGCUAAGAUGCAUUGAAGAUGAUUGUAAAUUUGUCUUAUGCUUCAAAUGUGCUACUCUACCACAAGUGGUUAAGCAUAGAGUGGACGAUCAUCCUCUCUCACUAUGCUAUGACGAAGACGCAACUGGUGAGUACUGGUGUGACAUUUGUGAAAAAGAAACCAAUCCGACGAAAUGGUUCUACACAUGUAAAGAUAACCAGUCUAGCUUGCAUACAAAGUGUGUGCUCGGCAACUUUUCAAAUCUCAUGCCAAGAAGCACGAUAGAAGAUAGGAAUGCAUCAUACGAGGUGGUGCUCAAUAGUAGUGUAUCCCGUCCAUUUUGCAGCUCAUGUAAGUUGCAUUGCAUUUUUCCUAUCAUCUUGAAGAUGCUUGGAACCUCAGAUGAAUACUUUUGCUCUUUGAAAUGCCUGAAGCAAGAUGAGGUAAUUGAUUGCAACACAGUUAAACCUCCACCAACACUGAGCUGGAUUUCUAACGAAGAAACAACAUGUGCUAUACAAUGA